AUGGAACAUAGGGGCUUAGGGAACCGGCGAAUUCCUUAUUUUCCGGCCAGUUAUUCACCGGAGAGUCAAGCCCAGAAUUUUUUCAUGUACCCUUUUCGCCGGAACUCCUUGCCUGAGGCUGGCUUUGACCACCCCCCACCACAAACCCCUAACGUUUUUCCCUGUGAUCAAACCCUUGAAUCAGCUCUCUCAAGACUCAACCUCUCUUCGGAUAUUCACCACCAGACGGCACCGUUCCAGCCUCCGGAGACGGACACGGAGGGUUCAAUGGGUUAUUUUCGUUCUGUGGGUUUGAACAAUGUGGGAUUUGAGCAGGGUGGUUUAAUGGGCUUUGAUGAUUAUCACACUGGUGGUGGGCCUGGUGGCCGCCAGCAGCAGGCUUUUGGCUUUGGUGGGGCCCACCGGAACCCCUUCUCGGGCCCGGGGAUCUGGGAUUGUGGGCCCGCGAUUUCUGGCUUUAGUGGUGGCAUUUGCAGGGAGCCAUGGUGUGGGGAUGAGGCUUCCUGCUUGUUGAAUGUUGACCUGAAAAAUGACAACAGUCAAAGGUUUUGUGAUCAUGGCAACUCUUUCUUGCAGUGCAAGCAAUCCUUAUCAAGAGGAAACCAGAAUGGUGUGUCGAUGGAAAAUAUGGAUGGACUAUCUAAUGGCUUUCUGUCAAGAAAUUUAAGCUUCUUGAGGCCUAAUUCGCAAAACAAUCGACAAUUAUAUGCAAGGAUUAAGAAUCAAUUAGAUGGAUUAUCUUUGCGAGAUAUGAGGGGAAGGAUUGUUUCCUUCGCUAAAGAUCAGAGUGGAAGUAAGAUUUUGCAGGCGAAAGUGGAUCAUGCUAAUGAAGGAGAGAUUGAGAUGGCAAUAUCUGAGAUUUUGGAUCAUGCUUCUGAUCUGAUGAAAAAUCAAUCUGGUAGUUAUUUCAUACAGAAGCUUUUUGUGGUCUGCAGUGAGGAACAGAGGACUAGGAUUAUUUUGGCUGUUACCAAGAAUUCUUUUCAGCUUGUUGAUAUUUGUCUCAAUCCACACGGAGCUCGCACUAUGCAGAAAUUGUUGGAAAACUUAAGUACCCCUGAGCAGAUAUCGUUUGUAAUCUCUGCUUUAAGCCCUGGGGCUGUGGCUUUGGCUAACGACCCCAAUGGUCAGCAUGUUAUCCGAUAUUGCUUGAUACAUUACCCCUAUGAGUACCACAAGCACCUUCUCAACGAAAUUGUACAUAACUGCUAUACAAUUGCAACAGACAAAAGUGGGUGCUGUGUGCUGCAGUCUUGUGUGGAGAAUGCUUAUGGAGAACCCAAAGAGCGUUUGAUGAAUGAAAUAAUAAGAAAUGCAUUACAACUAGCAGAAGAUCCUUAUGGGAAUUAUGUGGUUCAACACUUGUUGGGACUAAAAAUACCAGAAGUUACAGCUCUUCUGUUGGAACAGCUUCGAGGCCAUUUUGUGGCCCUCUCCAGUGACAAAUAUGCGAGUAAUGUAGUGGAGAAAAUUCUAGUUGAUUCUGGAAAAGGGCACUCCGCAACAGUUAUUAUGGAAUUGCUCACAAGUCCAAAUGCUGGUAGUCUACUAGUACAUCCUUAUGGGAACUUUGUCAUUCAGAAAGCGCUAUCAAUCGCAAAGGGUGAAGUAUACGUUGCACUUCACAGCUUAAUCCAAAGCAAUGCUCAAUCAAUGCGCAGCAACCUUUUCGGUAGGAAGAUUCUUGCUUGGUUUGAGAAGAAGAAGCACCAGCAUGUAUAGACACGUACCCGUAAGGAGGUGUCACAAACUCUAAAGGCAGCCGGAAAUUGUAGCUUUAUUCUUACUUUGUGUUGGUUCCGUUCAGAUCUCCUACAGAAACCAGCAGUUUUUAACUUGUGUUUAUACACCUUGUAAUAGUAGCUUCGUGGUUGUAGUGUUAGCCUUUUCCUGACUUUGUUGAUGGAUGAGCUAAGCUUUAAAGUUGCUGACCUGAAAGAAAGAGGAGUGUGAUGUGAUGGUGGGAAAAAUUGUGAAGCUGCAACAGAAGCAUUCGUAGCAUCAUCAAUCCAGUGGAGCUUUGUUGUUGGGAUAUAGCGGAGAGAAGAUGAUGAUCAAUCUCUUCCAUUCCAUUUUGUUGGUUUGUUGCAUGAUAAUUUGUAGGUGUAGUAGAAUUGUGUUGGUGUCAGCGUCUGUCUAGGAAUAAAAUUUUUUUACUCUCUGUUGUUUAAUUAAUCCUUAGAAUG